AUCGUGCACGGGUUCUGUUCGAAGGUGUUGAGAUAGAUAGCGAAAAAAAGCUUGCCUUCGUUUUUUGGAGACCGUAUUUGAUGCCGUAGCUAGUCGGAGGGAUAGAGUGUGAGUGAAACAGAGCACAGGACGUCAGUGCGACGGCUAGCGAGCGAGCGUGUGUGUGUGAGUGUGUGCGCGAGCGUGUUUGUGCAUGCUCUUCACCGUGUGUCACUGACAUAUGCAGUGGCAACACAGUGCUGGGAGGAAGAAGAGCGCCGCAGUAGUACCGCAGACCCAGUUCAACAGCGGAGUGUUGUGUGAAUUGGUGGUGUUCCGGAAAAGUACUGUGUAGUGUGCAGACAAGAACAACGUUCGUCCACCGCAUUAUUGGUUCAAUCAGUGAAGUCAACUUGUUGGAACGCGUGUCGUAGCUGGAGACAGAUUCUGUCGAUGAAGCAAUCAAACGGGCUGCGGCACUACAGUACGACAUUAUCUCAUAAAUGAGAACGGACCGCGGCAGCAGAGUGAGCAUUAGCGAAAUCGUGCAGCAGCAUUAAGCAGCAAAAGUCUCACUCGACAAGAUGUCGACAUUACAUUUUGUCGUACAUCCACUCCCUGGAACAGAGGAUCAGCUUAACGACAGAAUACGAGACGUGGCUGAUAAAAUCAACAAAUAUGGUGUCCAAACGCUACCCGGGCUACAGUCACUGAAAGUCCCAGUGAAACAAAUUGUCAUCGGACCGGCACAUCUCGGUAUCCUGCUCGAGGAUGGACGUGCCUUCCGGGUUGCCUUUUCCAUCAUACCCGAACGGUUGGAUCUCAGUAAACAGGACGCUUCGAAGGCUGGCGGUACCGGUGGUAGUGGCGGUGGCGGCGGAGGAGGUGGCGGAGGCGGCGGUCCCGGUGGUGGUGGUGGUGGUAGCGGUGGAGGAGGAGGUGGUGGAAAUCAAUCUUCGAAUCAGUCAAACAACAACUCCAAAAGCACGCCUACCUCCCGUCAGUGUCGGUCCCGUACGCGCAUCAUGCGCACCAGCAGCUCGGUCCGUGCCGGCAGCGGCUCGCAGGGAUCCGGUUCGCGCAGCACGGGUGUUAUUAUGGGCGGUGGAUCGUCUGGCAGCCGAUCGAUCGUAUCCGUGCCGGCCCCGUUCGUGCCGGAAGAGCUGGUAGCGCAGGCACAGGUGGUACUGCAAGGCAAGAGCCGCAACUUGAUCAUCCGUGAGCUGCAGCGCACCAACCUGGACGUGAAUCUGGCCGUGAACAAUCUGUUGUCGCGCGAUGACGAGGGUGGCGAUGAUACGGAGGAGGGCAGCGACAAUUAUGUGGCGGAGGAUUUGAUCUCCCUGCUGGACGGUGGCUUCCAUCCGGACAGCAGCGUUAUCAUUGACGCGGAAGCCAUGUUUACCGACGAUGUGUUUGGAUUUUCCAACAUUCGAAAUUUGAUGUUAUACAGUCGUGCCCGUAGCGAACGAAAUCAAAACAAUUCAUCAUCUGGCGGAGGUGGUGGAGCCGGCGGCGGUUCCGGUGGUGCAACCGGAUCGGCAGGAAGCGGCAACGACGGUACCGCAUCCGGAAGCCGCUCGGGUGGCGGAGGCGGCAGUCAGUCCGGAGCGGGCAAUGGCGGUGGUGGAGGCGCCGGUUCGUCGGCGGUUAUUUCUGGCAGUGCACAGUCGGGCAGUGGCAGCUCAUCCGGGGGAGCCGGCGGUGGACCCUCUGGCGUGUCCGGUGGCUCGGGUCUCAACAGUGCGGAACGCGAAGGCUUUGGACGAUGGCGCGACCGGCAAUACUUUGGACCGCGUCGUUGGUUCCAAGGAGGAAGGGAAGACGUAUGGGAGAAGGAAGCGGGUGGUGAUUCAAAAAAGAAGGACUAUUCAUCCGGCUAUCCGCUGUGGGUGUCGGAUGAGAUGGAACCAUGGCCGGAGAAGGAUCAUGCGGUGCGCUUUACAGAAAUUGCCUCACUCUACUCGGAGUUUAUAGGCGUGACCGCCCGCGGCGAAAUACAUCAAUGGCGGUGGGCCGACGCCGAACCGUACCGUAGCAAUGACGCAGCGAACGUGCACCAUCCGAAGACGAUUCCGCUGAAUCUGUUGUACGAAAAGGUGACGCACAUAUCGGCCACCCUUAUCCGCUGUUCCGUAGCCACCGAAAGUGGUCGCAUCGCUACCUGGAUGGACGAGUUGCUUGGUUACGCCGGCAACAAGCUCGAGCACAGCGCCACCAACUAUCCCGAGUUCGCACUCGAUCGAAUAGUGUCGCUGCACACCUGCACGCUGUACACGGUGGCGCGCACGGAAAGUGGCGAGCUCUUCUGGUGGGGUGUGCUGCCAUUUGGGCAGCGCAAACGCCUCUGGGACAAGUAUCAGGCGAAGGCAAAGAAACCGGUCCGGCCCAGUCUGAACGCGCCGGAGGUGACGGUCGGGGCGCAGGUGUGCAUGAAAAGCUGCCCCAUGUAUCAGCACGGUGCAAUCGGAUUUACCAUCUCGAACGGUGUACCGAAAGUGGGGCAGCUGAUGAAUGCGGCCUGGGAAUUUACGAAGGUAUGCCGGUUUAAGCUGCUUUCCAUGUCCACGCUAUCGCAGCAGCUAGCUGCCAGCCAGCAGGGCGGAAGCGCCGGUGCAUCGAGCGGUUCGGUGGGUGGAAGUGGUUUGGGCACAAGCGCGACCCUUUCCAACAGCGGUAUGGCCGGCUCGUUGGGUGCCGGGUCGAACGCAAACGGUGGACUAGGAUCGCAAAGCUCGUCCGUCACGUUAUCGGGAGGGAUGGGUGGAAUUUUGGACAAAGAUUCCAAGGGUGGUGGGACCUCUGCCUCCGCAGCAUCUAGCGGUGGUGGUAGUGCGUCCGGUUCGGGAGGCGUUUCCUCUUCAAAGCAAGGGGCAGGCAACAAUAAGGAAUCGGCCGAUCGCAUCGAUAUGCCGCCACCGCCUUCGCCUGCUUCUAGUACGUGCAGCGACACGGGCAGUGUGACCAAUUCUCACAAACGUCCCAAGCGCAUGACACCGAAGGAAGAGCCAGAUCCCAAGAAGGACGAAGAACAGUGGCUGCUGAAGGACGUAAUAUUCGUCGAAGAUGUGCGCUCUGUUCCGAUUGGACGCGUGCUAAAGGUGGACGGUGACUUUGCCGCUGUCAAGUUUCCUCCGCCGCCGGGAUCGGGUGGUGGUAGCUCCCUGUCCUCGUCGAACAAUAGUGGCAGCAAUAGUAAAGACAAGUUUGACGACAGCAUCGAAGCUUGGCAGGACUGCCGGUUGCUGCGGAAGGACGAUUUGCAGGUGAUCAAAUCGGCAGCGACACCCCGCGUGCCGGAUUGCUUCCAAAAGAUACCGCGCCGCAUUGUGCUCAACCCAUCGGCACCGUCCAGCAGCGGCAGCAGUGAGGCAAUCGGUGGUACCUCUCAGCUCCUAACGAUUGCGGUCGAUCCGAAGGGCAUUCAUGGCAUUAUGAAAACGGCCAACAAUCGACUGCACUACUCGCUGUUUAACCUGAACACUGGCCGGCAGGAGCAGGACAGCGUAUUCCCUACAGACAUCGGCUCGUUCCUCGGCGCUUCGAUGCAGGACGUUUCGCUGACGUGCGUCGGUGACAACAGCUCGGACAGUGUACUGCUACUCCGCGACGGCAACAACACGCUCUAUCCGAUGGCAAAGGAUUGCGUCGAUGCUAUACGCGACCCGAGCUGGCUCGACCUUCCGCCGAUAAAGUGCAUUGCGGCAGCUUCGCUCACAUUACCGUCGGUGGGCGUGAAUCUAAAAUCACAGGUAGCGCUGGUGGUGCUAGCGCCCGAGCAGCAACUGCUCAUGUCGAAGAUAUUGCGCUGCGACAUCGACGGUGUACGACAGCUGCUCGGUCACAUUGCGGCCGACGGACCGGAGCAGAUGAGAAGCUCGCUGGCCUCAAUUUUGGCGGAGCACACGGACGGGAAUCGAAACAUCAUCCAUGCCUGCAUUAGCAUGUGCUCGCCGACGUCAAACCGGGAGCCCGACUUUGUCACCACCGGCAGUGGUGGUGGUGGUGGUGGUUCUAAUGGGAACGGUGGCGCAUCGAACAGCGGCAACAGUUCGUCAGCGGGAGGCAGUAAUGCUGGCGCAGGCCUCGAACCGAUCAAUGUCAUCACGAACACGAUCAUAGGCAACCGGCCGGUUAGCAUUCGAGAGAUAAUGCGCCGAAACGUAAGCAACCGUGAGCUGGUGGAUAAUGCUGGCGGCAGCAGCAGUGGCAAUGCAAUCGUUUCCAACAGUGUGCAGAACGCUUUGGCCGGUGUUCCAGGUGCGUCUGGUGGUGAAGAGCCACCGGUGCUGGCUGGGAACUCAAUGCCCGUAGUGUACUGGCCCACUGAGUACGAUCCGACGAGCGGUGAUGAGGACAGUCUCGGUGGUGGGCUUAACAGUGUAAUGGGCGGCUCGUCCGGAAGCCACCAGCAGCAGCAGCAGCAGCAGCAUUCUGGAGCAUCCCAGGCGAUCUUCACUGCCCAAAAAUCAUUAGCCUCGAUUCCGGAAACGUACGUGUCCGAUCCUAACGAGCGUCGGCAGAACGCUCAGCUCGUGUUGCAGCUGCUCUGCGAAAGCCCUGUGCUGCAGCCACAUUUGCGCACGCUGCUGAGCGCUAAGGACGCGCAGGGCCAAACGCCGUUCAUGCUGGCCGUUACAUGCCGUGCGUAUCAGGCAGGCAUCACGGUGUUUAAAGCGAUACAGAAAAUUGCCAACGGUGACGAGGCGGUGCGAGAUUCGAUGAUCUUCCCGCCCGGCUCGUCACCCGAUCAGUCCCCACUCGGGAUACUGUGCUGCAACGACACGUGCUCGUUCACCUGGACCGGAGCGGACCACAUCAAUCAGGACAUCUUUGAGUGCCGUACCUGCGGCUUGACCGGGUCGCUCUGCUGCUGCACCGAGUGUGCCAAGGUGUGCCACAAAGGACACGACUGCAAGUUGAAGCGCACCUCGCCCACGGCGUACUGCGAUUGUUGGGAAAAGUGCAAGUGCAAGGCAUUGAUCGCCGGUAACCAAUCGAAGCGGCACGACCUCCUAUGCAAGAUGGCGGCGGAGACGGAUCUCGUAACGCGCUUUAAUUCGCGCGGCGAAUCGAUCCUACUGUUCCUUAUACAAACGGUCGGUCGACAGAUGGUGGAGCAGCGCCAGUACCGGGCGACAUCGCGCGUACGCUCAACGUCAUCCGGCAAUGCGCGAAAAACACCCAACCUCGAACCGGACAACGAGAUGCCAGAGCACAACCUGGAACCGCCGCGGUUCGCCCGGAAGGCGUUGGACCGUUUGCUCAACGACUGGCCAGCUGUGCGUGCGAUGAUCAUGACGGGGGCCGAGAACGAGAAACCGAUCGUACCGAACGCGAACCAGCAACCGUUCUACGACGACGACAACCAGCAGGUGUAUCUGCAGUCGCAGAGCGGCACCUCGCUGCUGGACAAGUUUACGCACAGCUUAAUUGUCCGGUGCAGCAGUGAUCCGUUGGAAAAGUUGCUGAUGACACUCGUGCACGAGCUGCAGAACGAUUCGAUCCCGGGACGUGUGGAGGAAGCCCAGAAAGUGGCCCGCCGUUUCGUGCGUUCCGUGGCCCGCGUGUACGUGAUAUUCAGCAUCGAGCGGUUCCAAAACCCGGAGAAGCAACGCAACUCAACCACGCAGACGAAGCAUCUGCAAGCGUAUCGACGCGUGUUUACGGCACUGUUCAAAUUUGCCAUCGAAGAGCUGGUGGAGAUAGCGGACGCACUGAUCACCCCGGUACGGCUGGGCGUAGUGAAGCCUAUCGCGCCGUUCAACUUGUCCUCGAACAAUAUUGACAGCACUGAUGAAUUGUUUUCAGUCGAGCCGUUAGCACCGCCGACGAAUCGCUCCAGUGCAGCGGGCAUUGCCCAGAUUACUAGCAACACGGCCAACGUGCACCUCGGAGUGGUGGACCCGAUGGACAGUGAGCGUUCGUCGUCCGGGUUUAUUUCGCGCAUCAACAUUCGUCUGGGUGAUAUCGAGGACAAUAACGAUGCGGACGCGUUGGUGCAGGACGACGGUGAAACGUCGGAGCAGGAAGAUAUGGCGGAACGGGAGCAGCCACCGCCGCGACGCUCCACCUCGAUACGGCCGGUCACGAGUGCGGCGUCCAUGAAUGCCGAAGAGGAAUCGCAGGAUUUGUUGCGCAGCGAGGAGAAUGCCCAGGGCGAGAGUGAUAACGAGUUCAACUUCCACGAGGCAGAAACCGAAUCCGAUUCGGACGACAAUCAGAGCACGCAGGACGCGCAGCGAAGCGUUCAGACGGGAGCGACGGCCGGUUCGGAUACAGGGCUAAACUCUUUGCUGUUCGACAACGAAGAUGAUUCGGGCGAUUCGACCCAGCCGGACGAUGAAGGAUCGGAGGAUGGCGAAAGCGACGACCAGUCCACGGUGGAUUUCAAUUUGAACGACGAUCAGCUCGAGCGCCGCCAGACACCGGGUGGUGGCAACCAGCGCAACAACCUUGCCCCACAAUCGAUGCAGUGGGCGAUACGCAGCCGCGAAACGACGGCACCGGAGCGUGUCCGCUUGACCGCGGGCAGUUCCAACCUGGUGUUUAUCGAUCCGAGUUCGUUGCGUCGGUCGACUACCGCUGUUACGACCGCGCAGCAGCAGGAAUCGCCUACGAUGACCACCACGGCCAGUGCGCUGGCCCGGGCGUUCGGUAUCAUAUUGCGACAAAUUUCCGACCUGAUUGGUAUGUUGCCCACCAGCAUCAGUGGUUCCUCGUCCGUGCUGGACGUGACUCAUCAGGAUGCUGUACAGCUGCAGAUGUACGUUGAGAAGCGGUUGAAACUUACGUGGGAGUGGAUACUAACCGUGAUGGAAGCGACCGAAGCUCAGUUGCGCUUCGGUGCUUCACUGACUGAUUCCACCGAUCCUUCGCAUCCGCUGCAUCCGCUCAACAUUCCGUCUUCAUCCAGCACCAGUGAAGCAACUCCGUCCGCUAUGAUCGGCGUGACUGCAGGCAGAAGUAGAGCCACGAUUAGCACGCUGGGCACAGCGACCACAGCGCGUAACCUGGGCUUUGCUGAUAGCGACCGCAGUGCGCGAGAUGGUGGCUCUUCUAUGACGGCAGACUCGGAAUCCAGCAGGCGCGAUUUUCUCACCUACUGCCUUUCGUUGAUGCGUGCGCAUAACUCCGAGCACCGCGACUCGUUGCCCGUGCUGGAUGUGACGGCCCUGCGCCAUGUGGCCUACGUGCUCGAUGCCAUCCUGUUCUAUAUGCGCGCAACGAACGAUUGUGAUCUCGAUCGUACCACGAACGGGUCAAACGUGUGGGACGAUCAGGAUGAGAACGAAAACGAAGAAACGGAAGAGGACAUAUCCGCUUCCAUCGUGAUGGAUACCGAUUCGGUGGACGAGGACAUGCUGAGCCGCCCGUCGCUCGGUCGACGACACUCAUUCUUCCAGCGGUCGGAUUCAACGCUCUGCCUCGGCUGCCCCGCGCCGGAUCCGUUCAAUACACCAUUGAUCGAAGCGUUACCGUUGGCGGACCAGCCGCACCGUCUACAGCCGACGGCAAAGCGCGAGGAUCUGUUUGGCAUGCCGAAGUGGCCGAUCACGCUUGCACCGGGUGCCGCCAGCGGUACGCCACAUCCAUCCAAUGCCGCCUAUCCAGGUUCGUCGGAGGGUAUCGCCGUGGCGUCGAGUUCGUCCGCCGGCGGUGCCACAAAUCUGGAGCUACCUCCCGUUCGGCUUAGUUUGUCGUCCUCGAUACGGCACGAAAUGAGCAACAACCAAGCGGCCACGGGCAUCAUCGUCGACCCGUCGGAAAGCUUGUAUACCGAGUCGCAGCAGCAGCAACACACCAGUCAAGAUCACACCGUAGCUUUUAUCGAUGGAGGUGUUACACAAACCACUACUUCACCGCCCAGCACGGACUCCCGUGUGCGGGUAGAAAUUUCUCUUCCCGUAGGAAUUUAUCAAGCUGCGGCGAGCAGCAGCAGCAGCGGCGGCACGACGGCAUCGGUUGGAAACGGAUCAUCAACCAAACAGCAGCAGCAGCAGCAGCAGGAGCUUGACGUCGGCGGUGGCGGCAGCACGGCACCAACAACGAAAGCUGGUGAAACGCAUUCGCCCAAGCCGCCGCCACCACCACCACCACCCGUAAGCGGGGGAAACAACAACAGCAGUAGCAGCAGUAGUAGCGGCGGCAGUAGCGGAAGCGUUCCCCCCACCUCUACCGGUGGCACUAGCAACACGUCGGCCUCACCGUUCUCGGAGGUGUACUACAAAAAGAACCGACUGUUCUAUCUGAAGAGCAACAACAAGUACAGCGAAGAGUCCGACGUCGAUGAAGUGAGUAUCAGCUCGGAUGAGCCACAGGACUUGUCGCAAUCGUCGAUUAAAAUCGAUGUCGAUACGGAUCAGGAUCACGAUGAGCUGUCGGAGUCGGAUUCGGAGGAUUCGUCGCGGCACCACUCCUCGACGACGGCGGCCAAGCGCCAGAAGCUGGACGAUGCCGCCGGAGGUGGCGAUAUGGGUGGUUGCGUUGGUGGAAGCAAUACAACCGCCACCACCACCACCGUCGCUCUCACGAUGUCGCUACAACAAGGUGGAAGCAACAGCAGCAGCGACGGUGCGCCGGUUGGCCAACAACAGCAGCAGCAGUCAUCGCAGCCGGAACAGCCCGCGUCAGCUAUACGCCCACCGAUCAUUGUUGCCCGGCGAAAGGUAGCGGCCGGUUCGGGUGCCGGCGCCGGCUCCACACUGGACGCAUCAUCGGUUGCCCUUGGACAAGGAUCCGUUUCGUCGGACGUUGUGAUGGGAAGCGAACAGCAGCAGCAGCAGCAGCAGAUGGGCGGUAGCGGAGCGCCGUCGUCCUCGUCUUCCUCGGGACUGUCAGUAUCGUUCGCGAAUCCGCUGGUAACGAUCGGCAAUGCACCGGCAGGGACAUCUCCCGGCAAAAGCGUUAUUGUUCGUGCUGGCCCCUCAUCAUCCUCUACGAUGUUUGCUGCAGGCGGCGCCACUAUCGGCAGCAGUAGCAGCGGCAACUCCGUCGAUCUGAUCCAAUCGGCCGAGGCAAUGGAUAUACAGGAAAUCUCGGCCCACGUCACGGUCGAAACGACACCGAACGUGCUGCCGACCGCUGUGCAGCCAGAAAUGCCACCACGCGGCAUCUAUCUGCGCGGUUCGUCCGCCAUGUCGUCGUCGAUUCUGUCCGACAUACUGUUGGGCCGCUGGCGCUUGUCGCUGAUUCUGUUUGCACGCGUCUUCCUCGAAGACGUUGGCGUCGAGCCGGGCAGCGUCAUCUACGAGCUGAACGGAUUCCCCGUGAAGGAGACCAAGUUCCGGCGCUACAUGGAGAAGCUGCGCUGCACGACGCAGAAAGAUCUGACGUUGCUAAAGAUGGAGCGCAACAGGGCGGCACUGCUGACGCAAACGUUCAAGGAGCUUAACGUGCUGUACAACAACCGGCGGGUGCAGCAGCCGCUCGUGUUUAAUCGCGUGAAGGUCACGUUCAAAGAUGAGCCGGGCGAGGGUUCGGGUGUGGCGCGCAGCUUCUACACCGCGAUCGCCGAAGCGCUGCUGGCGAACGAGAAGCUGCCACCGCUCGAUGUGGCACAAACGCCAACCAAGUACGGUGCGGGACCGUUCAACAGCAUGCUGCGGCAUCGUGGCAGCAGCAGCAGCAGUAGCGGUGGUGCUGGUGCAGGAAGCGGAAGCUCGGGCGUUGGAGGCGGCGGUGUGGGUGGAGGCAGUAGCGCACAGGGUGGCGGUAUCGGUGGGGGAGGUAGUGGCAGUGGUAGCAGCUCUCGCCGUGGGCUCUCCAGCAAACAGCCGCUGUGGCGCCCGAAUCGUGAAUCUCGCAAAACGCUCAACUACGAUGCGCGUCCCUUCCGGCCGGCCAGCGAACAGAAUGUGGCGGCUAGUGGUGGGGGGGCAGGUGGCGGAGGUGGUGCCAGUCCCCCCACCCUGCUGAACGUUGGGGAAAUAUUUUCCGUCCAGCAGCAGCAGCUAGGCGAUCGGCUUUAUCCAAAGGUACAACUGCAGCAUCCGAACAAUGCUGCGAAGAUUACGGGCAUGCUGCUGGAGCUGCCCCCCACCCAGGUGCUGCAUCUGCUGGCGUCGGAUGAAAAUUUGCGCCAGCGGAUCAGUGAAGCGGUCGAGAUCAUUGUGCAGCGCCAGCGGUUAGAGAUGGACAACCUCUCCAACGGCGGCGGUGGCCAAUCGUCCUCAUCAGCGCCGGGGGGCGGUGCUGGUGGAUCGUCGGUGGCACAGGGUGGACAAGGUUCCUCGUCGCUUGGCGGCUCGGUUUCGUUGGCGGGCGGAGCCGUUGGAUCGUCGGGAUCAGCGGGCACCACCGGUGGCGAUCAGGUUGGUGUUACGGCGGGCAGCGGCGGAUACAGCAGCAUGACAGGGCAAGGCACAAGCUCGUUAGCGAAAAAGUGUACCCCGGUGUUGCUGCUGGAUGACUGUCAGAUGGAUGCGCCCUUGUUCUACACGCCGGGCAAGCGCGGCUUCUACAGCCCCCGGCAGGGCUAUCCUUCCAGCGAACGGAUGAAUGCGUUCCGCAAUGUGGGCAGGUUGAUUGGAUUGUGCUUGCUACAGAAUGAGCUGUUCCCGCUGUUCCUGCAACGGCACGUACUGAAGUUCAUUCUCGGCCGACAGAUUCGCUUCCACGAUUUGGCAUUCUUCGACCCGGUGCUGUACGAAUCGCUGCGCCAGCUAAUCAAGGACUCGCAAACCAAAGCGGGCGGCAUCAGCAUGCUGCAGAGCCUUGAAAUGAACUUUGUGAUUGACCUCAUGCUGGAGGAAGGGUCGGGAACGGUGGAGCUGGUACCGGGUGGACGCGACAUUCAGGUCAACGAGCACAAUGUGUACGACUAUGUGCGCAAAUACGCCGAGUAUCGUAUGAUCAAAACGCAGGAAAAGGCGUUGGAAGCCAUUCGUUCUGGAGUGUUCGACGUCCUGCCCGACACGGCAUUGGAUCAACUGACGGCGGAAGAUUUGCGGCUGUUGCUGAACGGUGUCGGCGAUAUUCACGUGGCCACGCUCAUCUCCUACACGGCGUUCAAUGACGAAUCGAACGAACCGAGCGACAAGCUGACGAAAUUCAAGCGCUGGCUCUGGAACGUGGUGGAAAAGAUGACCAACCUCGAGAGACAAGAUUUGGUGUAUUUCUGGACUGGUUCACCAGCGCUUCCCGCUUCCGAGGAAGGAUUCCAACCGAUGCCAUCGGUGACCAUACGCCCGGCCGACGAUUCGCAUCUGCCGACAGCGAACACCUGCAUCUCCCGGCUGUAUAUUCCGCUCUACUCGAGCAAGGCCGUCUUGCGGCACAAGCUUCUGCUAGCGAUCAAAACAAAGAACUUUGGCUUUGUGUAAAAGUAUGUGAGCGAGAGGACAGUCAGGGAGAGCUAAGCGAGGGACGGACCGACUAGGUGUGGGGGAGACUAGGCAUACUAAAGUAAGCAGCGCGCACUACGACGAAAAAAAUGGGGGAAAAGCGUGUUUCCUUAAAUAUGCAAACGCCUGCUCUCGAACCAGAAUAUAGGGAAGAAGUUGCGCGCGUAGCAUACAUACACACUAGGCAAGGCAAUAUUCGUAGUUUUGUUUUGUUUCUUUCGUUUGCUCUGUGGUUAUAAUUAACAAUCGGUUUCAGAUUUUCAAUAUUUUUCUUCUUAUUCUUUCGCUCUUUUUUUAUUUUAGUUUUGUGUCAUUCUCGUGUGCAUAGUAAACCAUAGUAACAGGAACUAAGGCAACCAAGUAAGCAAGAGCGAUGCACUUGCUCCUAUGAUUUGAACUAAUGGCACAUGAAAACCGAUCAGCAAAAUGGUAGGGGCGUAAUUUUUGCGUAUUAUUUAGGGUGAUACUAGCUUAAAAGAAGGGGGAGGGGGGGGGGGUGCAUGUGUGGACCUGGCAACACACGUGAACGGUUGCUAUGAUGUCUCUGUUGCUACGUAACGAAGAGCCCCUAUCACCCAAUCCCAUAUUACUACACAACAGAUAGGUCGAUACACAGGAAUUGUGAAUUAUGUGUGUUCUUUUGCUACGGCUUGUGUACAUGCAUACAUUGCUCUCGUAUACUUGGUGUGAAUUAGAGAGAGAGAGAGUGCCCUCGAUCGGUAUGCAACUUUUUUUUUUGUUUAGCGUACUUUAUAGAUAGAUACGACUUGAGUUGCGAUUUGGUUUAUCGCUCGAAAAACGAUGGAGAGGAUAGGACACGGGCAUGCAUAUAUGAGUAGCCACUACGAGUCCUAUACGAGUAGGAACAACUAGUAGAGGGAGGAUUGAUUAGGAUUACCAUUACUGCUGCUACUACUACUACUACUACUACACACAGCUACGAAUUAGAGGGAUUAGAAGCGAGAACAGAACACACGGAAGCAUGCAAAUAUUAUAACAAAAUUGAUAUCUUUGAAUAUAGAUACACAUAUAUAUUUAUAAUCGUAUAUAUACACAAUGGCCAAAAUUCGCUUACCAAUACGCACCUCAGAUCCCCCCCCCCCCCCACCCACACCCCACCAUUAUUCGGUGUUAAUCCACUAUUGAAAAAUUGAAUGGUAACUCUUCCGGUUAUUCCAUCUCUCGACAUCCGAUUCGGUUCAGUUAAUUCAACCUUACCGCUGUUCCGUUGGUUUCAGCUCCAUAAAAUCAGUGUUUACGCAAUGGUUGCAAUGGAGAAGCGAUAUGUUCAGGCGCUUCACCAACCCGACAAAUAAUAGUGGACAAUAUGCAAAGCAUCAAAGCAAGUGAGAGAGAGAGAGCGAGAGCGAGAGAACCGAAAAUGGGGUUUCGCGAACAGGUGAUAAUAGCAGCCAGCGCAGCAACACGGAUGAUGAAUAGACGAAGAAAUGACGAUUUAUGUCCUAUUUGUAGAUAGCAAACCGGAGAGGGGGAAAUCAAUCGCAAGGAAAGGGAAAAUGAAAAUAUUGUGUUUGUGUGUGUGUGUGUGUGUGUGUGUGUGUAUGUGGUUUGUAAGCAUUGACGACUGUUUGUUUCGAUGGCUUUGUUUUACUCUUGCAAAUUACCGUUCCAAUUGUGCUGGAAUAUGUAUACAAACUUCACUGAGUGUGAUCGUUUCCUUCAAGAUGUUUGAGUAAAGGUACCGAAACGAGAGAGAGAAGAUACGGAGGGAUUUUCGUUUUGGUACUGGAAUUGAAGACACACAUAUCGUGUAAGAAACGACCCUCACUGCAAUGUCGUAAGAGCGCUAUAAGGUUUUCGUAAGGGGGUAUCGUUUCUCAAGACCGUCGUAGCUUAAACCACAGUUACAAAGAAGCCUGAAACUAGCCUACGUGUGAUUUCGUUGGCGUAACAGAACAGAGCGGAUCCUCUUUUCGAGCUAUAGACCGACGAAGGUAUAAGUAAUGAGUAAAAGGUAGAGUUUAGUUCGGCAUGACGCUAUUUCAUACUGGAGGUAGUAGUAGUAGUGCCACACACACACAGACGGAUGAGACGGUACGAAACGGUAUAAUAAAAUUAUCAAUUUUAUGGAAUACA